GUGUGCGGAGCAAGUUCACCGUGAAUUUAGUUGUAACCUCAAUUGCUUGUUUUUUUCGCAUUAUAACAACACAGGAAUGUCGAAAAAGUUGUUGAAAUUCCAAAUUAUCCUCGAUAGGGAUUCGGUGCUCUAUCUGCCGGGUCAAGUGCUAUCCGGGCGGGUGCUGCUGGAGACGCAAGAACACACAGCUGUUAUGGGUCUCUACUUCCACGUGCUGGGCGAAUGCACUGUGAACGUAACCAAGGUAACCCGCCGAGACAAAUCGCACGACAAGGAGAACUACAUCGAUUUCCGCAUGAAGCUGCUGGAUGAUUUCGACAAUAAACCGAUCCUCUUGUCACCUGGAGUGCACUGUUUCCCGUUCAAGCUGGGACUGCCGGUAUCGCUGCCUUCCACCUUUCUUGGACAGCACGGUUAUAUUCAGUACUACUGUAAAUCCAGUUUGAAGGAAUCGUCCGGUAUUACCCACAAGAACCAGCAGGUCUUUAUCGUGCUCAAUCCGAUCGAUCUGAACCUGGAGGAUCCAAUGCUGAAUGACCCCCUGGAAGCCAGUGCCAACCAUCGGGUUGGAGUGGGUAUGCUCGGCGGGACGAUCCGGUGUAACGUGGGGCUUGACAAACGGGCCUACAUUCCAGGGGAGAAAAUUCUACUCACCGGUGAGAUAUACAAUCAGAGUAAUGUGACCAUCAAAGCGGUGAAAUAUGCACUGAUCGAGACCAUUCACUACUAUGCACACGGCAAAUUGUUGCACCAGGAACGUCGAGAGCUGGCAGCAAUCGUACGGGAUCGUAUCAAAUCCGGCAUCAGAGAUGUGCUGCAGAACGGACAUCUGACAGUGCCGCCGUUGCCACCCACCAACCUGCUCGGGUGCCACUUGAUUAGGAUACAGUACAGCGUUUGCAUCCUCGUCGAACCAAACAUGAUGGAGCGACAGGUGGCACUGCGGGUUCCCAUCACCUUGGGUACCUACCCGUUCAAACGAGACGAAGAAAACCUACAACAGUGGGUGGAGAACUACGUUCGUUAUCCGGCUACACUUCCCGUUUCCCGAGUGCCACUGCUGGCAGAUGAAAGUGUAUAAACUAACCCGUUUUACAUACGUGCUAAAUAACCACCACUACACAACUGACACUCGAUCCGUACGUACUCUACCAUAACGAACUGAUGUAGCAAUAAGUAGACUGUAAAGUGUACUUGCAUGGCACCCACGAGAAGAAGUAGAAGAUGUUACCUUUAACUUGUGCAAAUGUACCAUAACGUAACCAUCGGAAAAUGUUGGUU